UGGGUCCAGGAGACAGAACCUGUCCUAGACCGGCUACCGAGCCAGCCCUCUCCUCGCCACUACUUCUUACCGCCUGGCUCCACUGAAAAGGCGGAUGGUCUCCCCCCCGUAUUUCCUGACCGCCCUCUGUUAGCUCUUCCUCACUGUACAGUGGGGGCUGAGCCCACAGCAUGCGAUACUUCGCUUGGUGAGGGAACCACCCAAGGACAGGGGCAGGUAGACCGGAACACGCGUGAUUUUCAGUGGGCUCGGUCCCGGGGGCCAUGCCAACUAACGGUUGUGUCUGACGUACCCACCGACCGUUGGCUGUAGGUGUCAGAGGUUGACCUGGGGAAGAAGAAGACGACCCGAGCCAACCAAUCGACGUCGACGGCAGGGUUGUCGGUGGAGACACGACCGGCUGGAUGAACACCCGGGAGCACUGGCCUGUCUGGCUGCGAAUAGUGCUGCCUCGACCCCUUUCUCUGCUGCACGUAGCUGCUCGCUCCUAAACUCAUUGCCUCCUCUGCCACUCCUCUGCAUGUUUUGUCUGCGACAUACUCUUUAAUUAGAACGAUUAUUAAACAAUUCUGUGUCUGUGCGAGUAACAAUUCUGUGUCUGUGCGAGUAACAAUUCUGUGGCCCUAAGUAAAGUUUCUGUGGCCCUAAGUAACAAUUCUCUGGCACUCAGUAACAAUUCUGUCUGUCCCUGAGUAACAAUUCUCUGGCACUCAGUAACAAUUCUGUCUGUCCCUGAGUAAAAAUUCUGUGGCCCCUAAGUAA